GAACAGAGCAGAGUUCAACCAAGAGAUCACCGAAAAAGGAACAUGGACAACCUCUUCCAGAUCCUGCUUGCUCUAUUCAUCUCUGUCAUAGGUGCGCUCUACCUUCUGGGGUCAUUUCGCCGCAGACGAGCCGGAGAACCCCCUCUAGAUAAGGGCCCUAUUCCAUGGCUUGGUCAUGUGCUGGAAUUCAGAAAGGACACGGCCAAAUUCCUGCAGAGGAUGAAGGAAAAACAUGGAGAUAUUUUCACAGUGCAGCUGGGAGGCUUUUAUUUCCAUUUUAUCACAGAUCCAUUCUCCUUUGGCUCUGUGGUCAAAGAGGCCAGAACAAAGCUGGACUUUACUAAAUUUGCAGAACAACUGGUUGCGAGAGUAUUUGGUUGUCAUUCUAUAGAAAGUGACCACAAGUUUCUCCAGGCAUCAAGUACCAGACAUCUCAUGGGAGAUGGUCUGGUCGUCAUGACUCAGGCCAUGAUGUACAAUCUUCAGAAUUUGAUGCUCCACAGUGUUGGAUCUGGAGAUGACCAGAAAUGGCAAGAAACUGGACUCUUUGCAUACAGCUACAAUAUUGUGUUUCGCGCUGGGUAUCUGGCUCUGUUUGGGAACGAGUCAGACACAAGUACUGGAACUUUGGACAAAGCAAAGGAAAUCGAUCGGCAGCAUUCGAACGAACUUUUCAAGGAAUUCAGAAAAUAUGAUCAGUUAUUCCCGAAUCUGGCUUAUGGUGUCCUGGGACCCAGCGAGAAGAUGGAGGCCGAGCGUUUGAAAAGGCUGUUCUGGAGCACGCUUUCAGUAGAGAAGAUGAGAUCCAGAGACAACAUCAGCGGCUGGGUCAGUGAGCAGCAACAGAUGAGAGACGAACACGGCAUGCAGGAGUUCAUGCAGGAUCGAUACAUGUUUCUGCUUCUGUGGGCCUCUCAGGGAAACACGGGUCCUGCUGCGUUCUGGCUGCUCUUGUAUCUGAUGAAGCACCCUGACGCAAUGAACGCUGUUAAGAAAGAAGUCGAGGAGAUUCUCAAAGAAACGGGACAGGAGGUGAAACGAGACGGGCCGCUGAUUGACCUGACUAGGGACAUGCUCCUUAAAACUCCCAUCCUAGACAGCGCAGUCGAGGAGACCCUCCGUCUGACAGCUGCCCCGGUCCUUACAAGAGCUGUUUUGCAGGAUAUGACCAUCAACAUGGCCAGCGGACAAGAGUACAAGAUCCGUAAGGGUGACAGAGUGGCGGUUUUCCCCUACACAGCUGUUCAGGUAGACCCAGAAGUUUACCCAGAUCCCUACACCUUCAAGUACGACCGUUUUCUCACACCAGAUGGAAGCAAAAAGACUGAUUUCUACAAGGGUGGAAAGAAACUCAAGUACUACAACAUGCCUUGGGGAGCAGGAACCACUAUGUGUCCAGGAAGAUUCUUUGCCACAAAUGAGCUGAAGCAGUUUGUCUUUCUCAUGUUGUCCUACUUUGACUUUGAGUUGAGCAAUCUGAAUGAAGAGAUUCCAGGUAUUGAUAUCAGACGCUGGGGCUUUGGCUCCAUGCAGCCAAAUAAAGAAGUCCAAUUUAGAUACAGACUUAGAUUUUAAAAUGUGUCCUGUUAAUGUUAUUCCAUGAUCUCAUACACUGAAGCUUCAACAAUACAUAUUAUUAGGCAAUAUUACUGUAUUGUAUCUACAAUAUCCACUGUGUCCAAAAUUUUACUGGAGUGAAUUUUUUUUUUUUUUUUUUUUUUCUUAACUCACAACCAUGAAUGUCUCAACAGUUCAGUGAGCUUGCAUUUACUCUGUGUUGCCCAAAGACUGUAUCUAUGCAAAGAACAGAAGUCAUACAGCAGGAACAAGAUAUUUGUACAUAUAUGUGCUAAGAUAUAUGUGCACAAUAAAUCUGUAUGUUUAAAAAUAUCAACACAUUGUUUCGAUUGCUUAAGUGCAUAUAUAUAUAUAUAUAUUGUCUUGACUUGUGCUCAAAAGAACUCUUUAACAUAAAAGUUCAGUCUGAAAAAUGACUCAUAUACUGUCAAAUUUAUUGUCUUGACUUUUGCUCAAAAGAACUUUUUAACAUAAAAGUUCAUUCUGAAUGCCUGGAAAAAGCUGAAUAUGGUGGCAAAAUAAAACAUUGGUUCUAUCCACUUCAUUUACUGCACAAUAUAUCAGAAAUAUAGGACAGAUUGGGACUUGUCACAUGGACCAAUAUUUUUUUAGAGCAUGCUGAUUUUAAGAUUUUACAGUUAUACAUUUAUUUUCUCCAGCAGAAAAUGUAUUGGUUUCUAAUAUUUCAAAAUGGUCAACCGAAAAAACUAAUUUAAGUUUAACUAAUACAACUUGUUCAAUUGAAUGCCAGAAAAUGUUUGCAAUGACAUGAGGGGGAUGACAGAAUUUUCAUAUUUGUGUGAAGUGUCAAACUCUGUUGGAUUUCCAAUCCUAUUUAAAUUAGAAUAUUUUUGUGAAUUGCCCUCCAAACAAAAUAAAUAAAUAAAAUAAAUUAAUUAAUAAAAAAAAUGGAUUAAUUCCCAGGUAAACAACAGUGAUAAAGUGACAAAAGAGGGAUGUCUCUAUACAGAACCUGACUUUAUUUUAAAUACCUGAAAAGUCCGAAAGUCCUCGCUGUUGUAUCAGGCAAUGACUUUGCAGGCAGUGUUUUUGCAUGAAGGCACCUCAUGAAACUUAUUUUGGAAAGGCUUCUGAGGCAGAGUAAUGGUUUAAUGAUCUACAGCAAAAUAUAGAGGGCUUUGGUGAUAACUAAGUGGAUAUUUAAUUACUGCAAUAUUAAUUUCUCGCUAGAAAUGACAUAAAAAGUGGAAAACGUUGAUCAGAAACAUACAUAUACACACAAACCAACCACCGACCACAACUUUCAGACGCCAUCUUUAUUCUUUGGCUUAAUUGACACAGAAUGGAACGCACAGGAUUGUGGGAUAUCAAAGGCAGCGAAGGACACAUCUAUGCUGCCUUCAAAAAUCGGCCAGAUGAAGGCAUCUCAGGAGACAUGAACUGAAGCUAACACUCAAUUCGGUCGUUCCUUGAUGCCUUCCUACCUUGGAAUGCGUCCUCCCAAGACAGCAUUUUUCAGUUUUCGGGUGCAGCCCUUGACUGGCCUUAACUGAGGAAAGAUUCUAUAGCAGUAUUCUGUGGUUUCUGAUGUUGGUUCAUAGUGUUCUUGAUGUUGGUUCAUAGUGUUCUUGAUUGUUCCUGAAGAUAUUUACCUGUUGUUCCUACGGCUAUGGUGUGCACUGUCCAGUUUUCAUUGCCAUCAUUCCUGUAAGACAAGAGACCGUUUAUAUCUAAAUUCCUUAUCAUAAUCAAGAUGUGCACUUCUACUUAUCUGCUUAUUUUCUGCUUAAAAUAAAGCUG